UAUAUAUAUACCUCUUAUUUCAGUAGAAUUUCAUAAGAACUCAACAGAAGAACAAUGGAUGUUAAGCUUGGUUUUUGUGUACUUGUCUCCCUAGUUCUGCUGGUUGCUUAUGGAACAGAAGCUAGGGAUAUGGCUGAAGGAAAUUCUCAAUCCCUUACGAGACUGUUUCUUACAUAUAAAAAUGGAGGUGAAGGGAAUGAACAUAUGGCUGAAGGAAAUUCCCAAUCCCUUACGAGACUGUAUGUUAGAUAUAAAUAUGGAGGUGAAGAGCCAAAACAGAAUGAACAUAUGACUCAAGGAAUUUUUUUCCUUAUGGAUGAUCUAAAGUUGGGGAAAACAUUAACUCACUCCUUUCCAACAAUGGAUCUUCCUUCUUCUCUACAAAUGUUACCCAAAAAAGUUCCAUUUUCAUUGAAGGAAGCAAAAUCCAUGGAAGAAACAUUAAGACUAUGUGAAGAUUCACCCAUGAAGGGAGAGACUAAGUACUGUGCCACAUCUAUUGAGGCAAUGCGCGAUUUUGUACAAGGCAUUUUGGGAGAAAACACCCAAAUCGAACCUCUCAUCACUAUGACGACGACUAGUACUGAUCCCCUGAACCAUAAUCGUCUUCAAAACUAUACAAUUUUGAAUGAUCCAGAAGAUGUUGGAGCUACUAAGAUGGUGGCGUGUCAUACUAUGCGUAGCGUUUACUACUGUCAUCACACAAUUAGCAAAAGCAAGGUGUUGAAGGUUGAAUUAAGGAAUGAUGCAAAUGGUAGUGAUAAAAUUGAAGCAAUUGCAGUUUGUCAUUUGGAUACCUCUGAUUGGAAUCCAUCCCAUCUAUCCUUUCGAGUGCUCGGUAUAUUACCAGGAACAUCACCUAUCUGUCACUUUUUCCCAUCAAGUAAUGAUCUAGUCUGGAUUCCAAAAUCAGUUGCAGCGCUUUAAUUUUAAGGAUUCAUCGGAGCAGAUAGCUACCUAGUUAUUGCUUAUGCGUCUAGACGUACGCAAAAUAAUGUGUUUUAAUUUAGUGGAGAUCUGCUCUGAUGCCUACUCCUAUCUUUAUUUGUUAUGUUGCAUGUCUGGUAAAACUCUUAUGUUUGUUUUUCCCAUAAAUGUGUUGAGUAUGCUUUUGAUGA